GUACGUCCUGCUAAAACAUCUACUCGAGGGCUCCCCCUAGCGAGGACGUCCACGUCGCUCAGAGGGAUGUAGCUGCCUCUGAAUCAGUGUGACAUUUUCCAUUUGACAACAAAAGCCAGCGCUUUCAUAUAAAUUCAGCAUUUUUGGAUGUGCUUUUAUGCACCCAAAACAAAUUAUGAAUAUGUGUGGAGGACCAGACAAUAAAGCGUGAAGAACACACAACGACAACAUUGACUGCUGCUGAGUUGCCAAGGGCAAACUAUCUGUCUCCAUGUGUCCCCUGCACCAGCACUGACAAUGAUGGCCACUCAGAACGUCCCUCCACCAUCGUACCAGGAGAGCCAACAGAUGACGGGUACCACUCAACAGAACUCCAAGGCCCAGCAGGUUCACAUUCCAGCUUCCUCUGCAGCAGGGAACACCCCUGUCAGUGUGACCCUUGACCCCCAGGCCCAGCUGGAAUCAGACAAGCGGGCCGUGUACAGACAUCCCCUCUUCCCACUGCUGGCCCUGCUAUUUGAGAAAUGUGAACAGGCCACCCAGGGCUCAGAGUGCAUCACCUCUGCCAGCUUCGAUGUGGACAUUGAGAACUUUGUCCACCAGCAGGAGCAGGACCACAAGCCUUUCUUCAGUGAGGAUCCGGAGCUUGACAACCUGAUGGUCAAGGCCAUACAAGUGCUGAGGAUCCACCUCCUAGAGCUAGAAAAGGUUAAUGAGCUCUGCAAGGACUUCUGCAACCGCUACAUCACCUGCCUCAAAACCAAGAUGCACAGCGACAACCUGCUCCGCAAUGACAUGGGUGGGCCGUACUCACCUUCACACACGUCACUCAGCCUGCAGCAGGAUCUCCUCCAGACGUCGUCUCCUUCCAUGACAUCAGUCUCCAGCUCUGUCAACUCCUCUGGCAUCAUGGUGCCCACCGGAAACCUGCAACAAGGCAAUGUUUCCAUGACUACUAUCAACUCCCAGGUGGUGUCAGGUGGCACCUUGUAUCAGCCGGUUGCCAUGGUGACGUCGCAGGGGCAGGUGUUAACCCAGGGUCUCCCCCAGGGGACUAUCCAGAUCCAGAACUCACAGACAGCGGCAGCCUCGGUGAAUACCCAGGACUCAGCCGAUGCGGCGCUCUACACGUGGGCUGGGAAUAGAGUGCAGCCCCAUAGCUACAUCACCGACAAGCUCCCGGUAAACCUGGACCUGGCUUCACUUUUGGACAAUGAUGACAAGAAGCACAAGAACAAGAGAGGGGUCUUGCCCAAGCAUGCCACCAACAUCAUGCGCUCCUGGCUUUUCCAGCACCUCAUGCAUCCCUACCCAACAGAGGAUGAGAAAAGACAGAUUGCAGGACAAACAAAUCUCACCUUAUUACAGGUCAAUAACUGGUUUAUUAACGCUCGCCGGCGCAUUCUCCAACCUAUGUUGGAUGCCAGUAACCCAGACCCAGCUCCUAAAGCUAAGAAGAUGAAGUCCCAGCACCGGCCAACCCAGCGAUUCUGGCCAGACUCCAUUGUGGCUGGAGUCCUGCAGUCACACGGACCUCAUUCUAACAACACUGACAACCCACUAGGCUUGGACAGCCUCCAGCCCCUGUCCUCUGACUCAGCCACCCUGGCCAUGCAGCAGGCCAUGCUCGGGACCACCGACGACUCCAUGGACGGCACCGAGGAAGAGGAAGAGGAGGAGGAAGAGGAAGGGAUGGAAGAGGACGAGGAAGAAGAGGAGGAUGAGGAGGAAGAGAGUGAGGGAGGGAGACACAUGUCCGGCGGGAGUGGAAGAAGAGGGCUGGGCAUGGAGCAUAGAGAGGGAAUAGAAUAAGAAGAAGGGUCCGAGGACAACAACAACGAUUGUGUUCAUAGUUACCAAACAGACAGAAAAGUGACUAAUGGGAUCUCUGAUAACAAACACUGAUUUCUGUUGCACAACUUUUUGUUAUGUGCGCAAUAACACAUUCGACCCGGCCCAUACACUUCAAAAAAAUGCUUGGCAUUCUGGAUGAGCCACCUUUAGGUUUUGCAGGAUUUGGGUCGCUUUGUUGGGUUGUUUUCUUGAGAAAGAACAUGGUUAGGUUAUUGAGACAUGACCCAGCCGGCCAGAUCCGAAGACUGGGGAUGCUUCGUAGGCUUUCAUUUUGGCUACCUGUGGGAGUAGAUGUAAUUCCAGUAAAUCUGUUAUGUUGUCUUGUUAUUACAUAUUUCAGUUAAGAUUGACAGUUUUGUAGCUUUACUGAGGCUUACACAAGUUUAUGAUUUCCCUAUGAGCCUAUGCAAAUUCCAACGUUGGUAUGAUUAUCAUUUUGUAACAAUUUGUAAAUAAUAAUAAUGUUAUUAUUGUCAUUUUAAUAUGUAAUGUUGAAAUUUGCAGUGUACAAGCAUAACAUGAGGAACAGAAUUUUCAUUUACUCUCACUGGAGGCCAAAAUUUAUAUCUGAAAGCCACUCCCCUAAUAAGCCAUAACUCACUGAAAACUGUCAAGCCAGCAUUUAAGUGAGUAAAAAAAUAAUGAAAUUAUGCUUAUAUUAACACGUUUUUGAGUAAUGCCAAGAUAUUAAAGUUGCAGUGCAGUCUUAGUAAUUCUAUUCUCAAUUCAUCCCCAUAUGUUUAACAAAUCACUGUGUGUGUUUGUGUAAUACACACCGCUGAUUGGCUGACAAGAUGGUCUAGUGCCCUCCCACUUACCCCAAUGAAAAGUCUGAAAUUCUGUUUCUUAUUUUUUUAAAUAGCUUUUACUUAAAGUGCGGAAUGAUCAUAGUUUUCACAACUUUAGAUUACAAAAACAGUAAAAGCAUGUCAUUGAAUGUUUGAGCUUUAGUGUUGGGUACUUAAGGCAACCCAACUGGGUUGGUUAAAAUAACCUAACCUGUGUUCUGUCCAAUAUUUACCCAUUGCUGGGAUGUAACAUUUCCCAAAUUGAAUAGUUCUGAACCCAGCAUUUUUGAGGUUUUCUCUCUCCACCACCCACGCCUCCAUAUAAACCCAUCAGUUGACUGACUUGUUCCUUGAUUCAAGACAGAGACUAAAUGGGCCUCUUGUCUUUUCUACCAUGAAUGUCUGUCUAGAAACUACAGAUUGGUCCCAUCAGACCUCUUAAGACUGAAGAGCCUAUAUUAGGAUGAGGCUGAAGGUGUCCUAAAAUGAUUACUAUACUGUGUGUGGACUAGCAGGACAACAAAAUCCUCUUAUGUUUUAUUAUGGAUGAAAUAGUUGACAAUGAAAAUUGUCAUUGUAUUGGGUUCCAUGCUUUGGUAUCAUCCAUGCCUUAGUCUAUUCAAGUGACUCUGUGGUUCUCAGGUUGACUCUAUAGAAUCCAUAAGCCCGACACUAUCAAUGUUUUCCACUGUUUGUUUUUUUUAACACUGAUGACAAGCGAUUCUUUGCUUCAGCAACAUUUAUGUUUUUGGGCAUGAUUUAAACAUGAUUUGCAUCCAAGAGCAAAAACUGUUUUCUGUAACCAGUGUAUACUGACAGCACAAAAGUAUGUAUAUAUUUUUUUUUUACACUUCCGUUACGUUGUUGAAGGAUUGCAUAUUUAUUCUUUCUCUUAUAGCUCUCAGAAGUCGGGUCAAACCACACCAUUUUAUAGAACGCGCAGAGUUAUUGUUGUGACAUUUUGGAGGUAUUGUAGUUGUGUGAAUCUAAGUUACUAAUGGCCAGUCAAGAUGACAACAUUUCUAGACUGGAGAAUAUUUUGAGGAUUCACAGAAAAUUGAGGAUUCACCAAAAAAGAAAAUGAGACAUUUUAACACAAACUUAAUUGAAGGUUUUAACUGCCACUUUAAAAUCAUGAGCCCCUCCAACUUGGACCUCUUAACUAAUUCUAAUCAACACAUUUGUGAAGCUUUUUUUAUUUCACAAACAGAAUGGGUGUAUUUUGCAGUUUGAAUAGUGUAUGCAAUUCCUUCCCAGAGGUGCCAAAAUUGAGUUUUUCAAAUCCUCCUAGGGUCACAUGCAUGUAAUUGGAUUUCUGUAGUGUCUGUAAUAGUGGAUUCCAAAACACCAUUUGCCAAAUAACUUUACAAUUUCCCCCAACAGCAUAUAGAGUCUUUAAGUCAAAAUCCCAUUGACCGUUAAGGGCCUUGCCUUUUUAAUGUUAAAAAACACACCAAAAUGUAGACCUUUAUAUAGGGCUGUCACUCACACAGUUAUGAUAGUAAGUACAGUUAUUUCAACAGUAACGUUCCGUCUUCGGCCAUUGCAUGAAGUAGGAGAGGAGUGUGAGAUGGGUACUCAGCCAAUAACUGUACACGUUUUUGCAGCACCUGUCCAGUUUCGGGUAGAAUCCAUAAUAGAUACAGGUUCUGAUGGAAAAGUGGUCAACAGCAAGCAUGCCCAAGAAAGUUUUAAAUCCAACUGUUCGUCGCUACCCCCACCUCCCCUUAAUUUCACAAGAUGGAUGACAACAUUUGGACGCUCACUGUCUUUUCAACUUCCUGUUUGCAGCAGCGUGUUGCCCAGCUGCCAGGCUGAUUAGUUAGGCCAGGGAUGCCCAACACUUUAGUUUUUUAAAUAUUAUAUGGCACUCAUCUGCUGUGCUCAGUAUGACAGUGCUGGCAUCAAUCAAUUGGGCCCUGCUCAGAGGUGCAAGUGACCAGUGUUUCAUCAGAAUAGUCUCCUAUUAAAGAUACUGCGCAACAUGCUGUUCCACCAGGUAAAAUGACAGGCCAUGGUAAAACUAGCAAGGUGGCUAAAUACACAGCAAGACCUAUUCCACUCUGGUCCACAAACCUGGGUUAAAAAACACUAAGUGAAGGGAUCAAAGUACUCAAUUCACAGAAAUAAUCUUUGGGGGAAAAAAUCAUAUUUUAAGGAGAAGCCUGGAUAUUCAAAGAGAGCAGUACCAUUUCGAGAAUGAUUGUCUUUUAUGUGAAGGAAACUGUGAAGGCUAAUUUCUUUUUGUGCUAAAUGAAAUCCACAAAAUGGAGUCACCCAUUUUCUGAUGUGAUGUCUAGAAAAGAAAAUCCUAUUUCUUGAAUGUUCUUUGGUCUUUGUGAAGUAUGUUCUUCAUUAUGAAUUUUCUUGAUUGCUUAUUUUUUAAAUGGUUCUUCCAGAGCAAGUGACGAUAGGGACAGGUUUAAUUUUGUUUAUACACAUUGUUGUCAUAAUCUAUUGUGUUUCAAUAGACCAUUUUUAAUAAUUAAAAGAGAUAAAAGCUACUAGUUUGAGUA